AGUUUCACCCGUAAACAAAGUCGUACGCGACACAAGCUCAAAUACAUCGGAAAGAAGCCCUACCCCUGCGACCUGUGCAAUAAUAGCUACGAUUACGAACGCAAUCUUAAGCGACACAUGCGCACCCACACCAAGAAAAAACCCUACACCUGCCCCGAAUGCGGCCAACAGUUCAGCACGUUCGACGAAAUGAUAAACCAUCGGCUCAUCCAUCCAUUCAAGUGUCGACUAUGCGAGUACGCAACCCGUCGCAAAGAUUGGCUCAGAAACCAUAUGAAGACUCACUCUACGGACAGAGUCCCAAGUUCGUCGUCGGAAGCCAGACCGACCCGCCCAGGUUCGAGUCGAGCUAGCCCGGCUACGAGGCCGGCCUCCAAUCACUCCAACGAGCAGCAACUUCGAGACCAAAUCCCAGCAGAACCUGUUCGUCAGGAGCAGCCCGAGGCAGCCCAGGCUCGAGUCGAAUUCGCCGGCAACGAGACAAUUUUGCCUCGAGACCAAAUUGCACCACAAGUAGAUCAACACGAAAUGUCGCAGCCAGACCACGAUGGUGAACUCAUUGAACCAAGCAACAGUGAGGGCGCCCAGGACAAGCCCUACCCCUGCAAUCUGUGCAAUAAAAGUUUCACCCGUAAACAAAGUCGUACGCGACACAAGCUCAAAUACAUCGGAAAGAAGCCCUACCCCUGCGACCUGUGCAAUAAUAGCUACGAUUACGAACGCAAUCUUAAGCGACACAUGCGCACCCACACCAAGAAAAAACCCUACACCUGCCCCGAAUGCGGCCAACAGUUCAGCACGUUCGACGAAAUGAUAAACCAUCGGCUCAUCCAUCCAUUCAAGUGUCGACUAUGCGAGUACGCAACCCGUCGCAAAGAUUGGCUCAGCAACCACAUGAAGACUCACUCUACGGACAGAGUCUUAGGCUCGUCGUCGUCGUCGGGAGCAAUCCCAGCAGACUCGAAGAUACCGACUUACCGCAAUUGGUCGCCCGGGAAUCCCCGUCCAUCGACGUCGUCGCCCAACUCGAUGUCGUGCCACAACUCGUUCGAGUCCGUCACGACGAACAAUAGAUACAGUGAGAGCGUCCAAGACAAGCCCUACCCCUGCUACCUAUGCGAUAAAAGCUUCACCCGAAAACACAAUCGUACGCGACACAUGCUCACCCACACCGGCGAGAAGCCCUUCAA